CUGCGUUUAGGCUUCUCGCCUCAGCCCGGUUGGCGCUCGGGGGUCGGUGGGGUUCCUCGGCCGGGCCGCCUCCGCCCCACCGCCUCCGCCCUCGGCCUUGCCGGGUGCUGCUCGGUGCGGGGAAAGGCCUCUGCCCCGACCGCCGUCCCUGCCCGGCAGCGGUUGCCGUUGUGGUGAUGUUUGCGCCUAGUGCGCCCUGUUAAACUUUUGCAAAGCACAAAACUGCAGGAAAUUAUUGCGGGUUUCAGAAAGAUUGAGCAGAGCUGCGACCGAGCGGCAGCGGAUCCCAGCCCUCGAGCGCUGAGCAGCCAUGGAGAGGAUACAGCAGGUCGUGGGGCGGGCAAGAGCUGCCUUCAAAGCGGGCCGGUGCCGCUCGCUGGAGUUCAGGAUCCAGCAGCUGAAGGCUCUGGAGAGGAUGGUGAAGGAGAAGGAGAGGGAGAUCCUAGCAGCCAUCAAGGCAGAUCUGCACAAGUGUGGGCCCAAUGCAUACAGCCAUGAGAUAAUGGGCUUGUUGGGGGAGCUGGCCCUGACCAUGGAGAAGCUGUCAUCCUGGGCAGCCCCUCAGCCUGUGAAGAGGAACCUGAUGACGAUGAGGGAUGAGGCCUUCAUCCGCUACGAGCCGCUGGGAGUGGUGCUGAUCAUCGGGGCCUGGAACUACCCUUUUACCCUGAUCAUGCAGCCUUUGGUUGGGGCCAUCGCAGCAGGCAAUGCUGUGGUAGUGAAGCCGUCAGAGAUCAGUGAGAACACAGCUAAGCUGAUUGCUGAUAUCCUCCCCCAGUACCUUGACCAGGAGCUGUACCCUGUGGUCACUGGAGGAGUGCCUGAGACCACAGAGCUGCUGAAGCAGAGAUUUGAUCACAUCCUCUACACUGGCAACUCCGCGGUGGGCAAAAUCGUGAUGGCAGCGGCGGCCAAGCACCUGACGCCGGUCACCCUGGAGCUGGGGGGGAAGAGUCCCUGCUACAUCGACAGCGACUGUGACCUGGCUGUCGCCUGCAGGCGGAUAACGUGGGGCAAGUACAUGAACUGUGGGCAAACCUGCAUCGCCCCUGACUACAUCCUCUGCCACCCAUCCAUUCAGAGCCAGGUGGUGGAGAACAUCAAGGCCACUCUGCAGGAGUUCUAUGGGGCAGAUGUGAAGUCAUCUCCCGAUUACGAAAGGAUCAUCAACAAGCACCACUUCAAGAGGAUCCUGGGCCUGCUGGAAGGGCAGAAGAUUGCUCAUGGGGGAGAGACUGAUGAGGCCUCCUGCUUCAUAGCACCCACCAUCCUCACCGACGUUUCUCCGGAGUCAAAGGUGAUGGAGGAGGAGAUCUUUGGACCAGUCCUCCCCAUUGUGCCUGUGAAGAGUGUGGAGGAAGCCAUUGAGUUCAUCAACCUUCGGGAGAAGCCUCUUGCCCUGUAUGUCUUCUCCAACAAGAAGGAGUUAAUCAAGAGAGUCAUCUCAGAGACCUCCAGUGGGGGGUUUACUGGAAAUGAUGUCAUCAUGCAUUUCUUCCUCUCCACCUUACCUUUUGGUGGUGUUGGGAACAGUGGGAUGGGAGCCUACCACGGCAAGCACAGCUUUGAGACCUUCUCCCACCGCCGUUCCUGCUUGAUCAAGGACCUGAAGAUGGAAGGGACAAACAACCUCCGGUAUCCCCCCAUCAGCCAGAAGAAGGUGGAUUGGGCCAAGUUCUUCAUUUUGAAACGGUUUAACAAGGGCCAAAUUGGCCUGGCCCUGUUGGCCCUGCUGGGGAUCGUGGCAGCAGUGGUGUGGAAGAAUCACCACUCUGUGCUGAAGAGAAAAGCCCUCUUGAUUGUGCUGGCUGUGCAGAGGCUGGGCUGGCCCAAUGUGUGGUAAGGAGGAGCAGGUUUCAGAGCACUGCUGUGGCUGUCACAGUGAGGUAGUUUAAGGUUGAAGAGAGGAGGAGGCGCCGAGUGCAAGCCACACUCUGAGUGCUCGCUUUGUGCCUGCUGCCUUGAGCUGGGGAGUCACUUCUUUUUCUUCUGUACUGGGUUCUUUCAGUGAGCUGCUGAACACACAGCAUUCCCUUAGAGAGACACUAACCAGGAGAAAGCUCAGGCUCCUGUUUACUGAACAGCCAUGCUGAAACAGAGGGACCACUAGUACAAGCUCUCAAAAGGACUGCAGAGCAAGAGAUACCAGCCCCUACCUCCACCCCAUGCCAUGCAGAGUUCUGGUCCCAGGGACACACAUGCUGUGUCUUGAACCAGUGACAAAUAGGAGCUAACGUUUCAGCUGUCACUGGGUUGUCAGGUUUUUCCCUGCAGUUUUCUGUUGUGCUCUGGACAGCCACCCUUUUGGUGAUGAGUCUGAAGCAGGCUGUGCUGGCUGCUACCAGUAGUGGUGGUUGUGAAUAAACCCAGGGAGGUUCCCCUUGCAUGUUUAACUGAGGUGAAAUAUUCAUUGAUCUCUGCAAACCAGAAGCAUCCACAGGUGGGAUUCAGCCCUCUCUGGGGUUCUGGGUUUCAUCCUGUGCCUGUCACAAUUAUUUGGCAGUUAGAAAGUGACAAAGAUGAUGGCUGCACUGCCUGUGCUCUGCAGAUAAGAGUAUCUGACACUGAUACAGAACAGCUUCCAGGCCUGUUUGGAGAAGGGAGAAGCCCACAACAAAGUGCCCUGUUGAGGGCUACCCCCACACAGCCAUUCACUGGCUCCCUCAGUGGAACAGGGAAGAGAAUCAUAAGGAUCAAAGUGAGAAGCCUUGCAGGCUAAGUUAAAGACAGUUUAAUAGGUGAAGUGAAGCUGGGUGUGCAAACAGAUGAAGGAAUGCAUUGAUUACUUCCCCUCAAGCAGGCAGGUGUUCAGCCAUCCCCAGGAGAGCAAGGCUGCAGCACCUUGUGGUGACUUGGGCAGACUUGCCAAAGCCCUGUGUCCAGCCUAU